AUGCAAUCUCCAGAUAAGCACAAGAAGGAUAUUGGCGCUCAAUCAACCAUCAUGGCAACCGCGGAUAAAGGCCAAGAGGUCACUGAGCAUGAGCAUGUGCCGAGCUCCCCUUCGGAGCCGAUGAAAGUCGAAGUCGAUACCGUGCACGGUGAUGAAGCAUUGAGAGUCAUUGCCGGUUACAAUGGCCCUACGGAAUGGGACCCGCUCGAAGAAAAAAAGCUUCGAAGGAAGCUUGACAAGCGUAUACUGCCCAUCCUCAUGGUCACCUAUGCGCUCCAGUAUUAUGACAAAGGAAUGAUUUCUGUUGCGGCUAUAUUCGGCAUGCGUGAAGACAUAGAUCUCUCUGGUAACCGCUACUCUAUGGCUGCCGCAAUAUUUUUUCUAGGGUUCAUUGUUGGGGUCUAUCCUGCCUCACGACUGGCACAGAAAUAUCCAGUGGAAAACGUAGCUGGAGGGCUUGUCUUACUCUGGGGAAUUUGUUUUAUCCUCACCGCAGCAUGCACAACCUACCAAGGCCUCUACACUCAACGGUUCUUCUUGGGAGCUCUAGAGGCUGGUGUCAGUCCGAUUUUCAUGCUCAUUGUCGGCCAAUUCUACAGGAAAGAUGAGCAGGCAUUAAUGAUGGGGGUGUGGUAUUCCGCGUCGUCAUUUAUAUCGUUCGUUGGUUUCCCAGUCACGUAUGGUCUAGCCCAUAUCAAAGGAACACUCAAGCCUUGGAGGUAUAUGUAUUUGUUUGGGGGUGCCGUUACGAUCCUCUGGGCGUUUGUCAUCUACUUCUUCAUGCCUCCAGAUCCCAUUCGAGCCAAGGGCCUUAAUGAAAGGGAAAGGUACAUCGCUGUUGCUCGUCUGCGAAUGAACAACGCUGGAGUUCGAAAUCUACACUUCAAGAAGGCACACUCCCUCGAGUUGCUGAGAGAUGAGAAGUUUUGGCUAAUUGUGGCUAUGGGCUACUUAAGCAUGAUUGCCGCCGCCCCAGUCACUGCUUUUGGUCCUAUCGUUGUAGCCGGUGGCUUCCACGUUGGUGUGUUCAGGACUAUCCUUUAUCUCGCACCUGGUGGUAUAUUCGUCGGAUUGGUCAUGAUUGGCACAACCUAUUGGGCGUAUAAGGUAAAGAACAUAAGAUGCAUCAUCAUUUUUUGCGCUCAGAUGGUCACAACCGUGUCGGCAACCCUGUUGUGGAAGUUACCACUUACGAAAGCCAGCCUCGGCGGACUCGUCUUCUGUAUCUACAUCUUGCCCGGGUUCAGUGUCAGCUGGGGCCUCUUGAUGGGCCUUUCGAUUGCCAAUGCCGCUGGGUACACGAAGCGUGUCGUCAGCUCGUCAGGCAUAUAUUUGGGAUACUGCCUAGGUCAAUUUACCGGACCCCUACUCUUCAAGGACAAAGAUGCCCCACGAUAUGGGCCAGGUUUUGAGGCUGUUGUCGGGACUGCAGCAACAGCUGGAGUAUUAUCUCUGGUGUAUAUGUACAUUUGCAUUUGGCAAAACAAACAGCGUGAUGCAGCGGGAGAGACCGAGGCAUUUGAUCAUGCUUAUGAAGACGAUGUCACCGACAAGAAGAACCCUCAAUUUCGUGGAGGCGAUUCCGAUGAGAAACUUGACGAAUAUGUGUAUCUAGUGGGACCUUGUUGGCCGAAAACGCUAAGGAUAACCGAGGAGCUGGUCGCGCUCCUCAAAGACUGGAAAAUGGAGCCUAUCGAAGUCACGAAUUGA